AUGGCCCGCCAGCAUCUGUCCCCUGAGACACGCUCUCGAAUUUGUGAGCUAAAACGUACGAAUGGAUGGGGUGCAAGACGCAUCAAAAAGCUUGCCUUUCCUGAUAUUCCUAUCUCUACUAUUCAUAGUACGCUUCGAAUGGAGGAUAAGCGUGUUGAAAAUCAUCGAGUUAUUGGCUCUGGGCGCCCUUUCAAGCUUAACGACGCUGAUAAAAAACGUCUAUAUGAGGCUGUGGAGCAGAGCCCAGAUAUUAUGAUUAAAGAGCUUCUUGCUCUUGUUGAUAAUAAGAUUGGACGUGAUGCGCUAUGGCGUCUGAUGCAGGUACGCAAUCUUCGGAAGUGGAGGAAAAAAAGCCAAUAUCUAAAGCCUGAACAUGCUGAAAAGCGACUCCAAUGGGCGCGUGAAUAUGAACACUUUACUCCUGAUGAUUGGCGUCGUGUCUUUUGGUCUGAUGAAUCUACAGUUGAAAGGGGUAUUGGGGCACGUCCAGAGUGGUCUUUUAUCUCUCCGAAACAUCAAUUAGACCGAUAUGAAGACGAGAAUGGUGAAGAAACAAGCCAGAUUCAACCAAUUCCUGCUACUGGGACCCAGGUCAAACAGAUGUUUUGGGCAGCCUUUUCAGGCUCUCUACGACGAACACCUCUUAUCGCCUUAACUGGGGACCCUUUGUCUGCCCGUCAGGGUAUUUCCUCGCGUACAAUCGACACCGUUCUUCGUCGCUAUCUCCCUACUUUGAUGUAUGUUGCUGCUACCCUACAAGAGCUUGGCUUUAUAGUCAUGAAAUGGCCACCCUAUUCGCCUGAUCUUAACCCGAUUGAGAACCUCUGGGCGCUAUUAAAAGCUGAAAUCCUACGUCUUCGACCUGAUCUUCUACACCUCUCAAAUAACGAAUCUACACGUCAGUUACUGAUCGAGACGGCAAAGCUAGCUUGGGAGAAUAUUAGCUUUGAUAUACUAGAGAAGUUAGCUAUCACUAUGCCGCAUAGAGUAGAGCAGGUUAUUAGGAACCACGGCUGGUAUACAAAGUACUAG